AUGGAUGCGACAAUCGGUGACAACAUCACGCUAGAAACGCCAGAGCCGAAGAAGAGGAGGCAAAGCGCACAGGACAGCUCACCAAGACGACGAAGCGAACCGAAAAUCACCUUGCCGGCGUUGAGUGAUUUCGCCAGGUCACAUGUCGCCAACUGGUCUCCGCCUCUACCUGUCACGGCCGAAUCGGAAGCAUUACGAAGCCUAAAGACUGAAUGGAGACGCCAAUCCCGCGAAGAGCUUGUGUACGAUGAGCCGAGAUCCGAGAAGCAACUUUUGAUUGUGGACCUGCAAGAUUACGAGAUCUAUCGAACACCGGAGAGCGAGUGCAGAGCGUAUGAGCUGACGAGUCUGCACUACCUGGAAGUUUCGAUCGCGAAGAAGUUGUGCUUUGAUGGCUUCAUCUGUGUGGGAUCGACCAAACACUAUGUACAUGCAGUACCAAUUCAGGAUAGCUCUGUCGAGGGUUACGGGGACGAUGAGAACUCUGGUGUUACUACUUACGUACAGUCUACGUUCGCGAGUAAGGACAAGCACUACGACAUUUGGUACAGACUUGCGAAGCCCGCUCCAGGCUACAAAGAGUUCCAGAGAUCGUUCCUCUGGGUAGCACAAAUGGGAAAGCAUAUCAUCGACUACGUGGACAGCCAACCGGUGGGAUCAGUCGGGCUCAACGACUUCCGGGAAGACUUCUAUCAAUGGCUCUCGCCCCGUUUUGGUCAUUGCGCCGACUUCCAGCAAUGGCACACUGCUUUCAGACAUCAGACUGACUUUCGCGUCGCCGUACACGCUUACAUUGAAUACUUCUACAACCAAGCCUUCAAUCUUCCCAACUCGAAACGGCUGCUUGCUCAUCCCCUCUGGAGCGAGUGUAUGGCCAAAGGAUUAACAGCUGUAAAGGCGCAGAAGCAGAUCAUCGAGCACACCAUCGCCACACCAGAGGUUUACGAUUGCUUCAAACACAUGUACUUUGGUGAGCAAAUACAGGCGAAACGGCCUACUGAAACAGUCAGGAUUGAACAGGAGCGCAGGAAGAGGAGGCUUGGGUUUGCGCAGAGUUUCUGGGCACGGAAACCGACUCCUCCGCGACGGAACGUAUGUCAACCGUAUGGUAACUCACCUGUGAAGGUUGGCGACGUCGUUGCCUUGAUCCCCGACGAGGCUGACGCAACCGUUUGGCGCAACACCACCUGGGAGUGGCUCGCAUACGUCCAAGGUACAGAGCUCUUGACGGACGGAACACAGAGGUUAUUCGUGCUAUGGAUUUAUCGACACCACGAGACCAAUAUCUUCAAGGCAGAAUAUCCCUACGAGAACGAGGUCUUCUUAUCUGACAACUGCAAUUGCUCUGAAGGAGAGCUAUUGUCUACAGACAUCAAGGGAAGAUACGAUGUGGACUGGUCACCUUCCACUAUCGACGCUGAGCGCUUUUUCGUUCGUCAAACCUACGUGACCCAAGACAGUGCAUUUGUCAGCCUUCGGUCUUCACACAAGACUUGCACGUGUCGGCAAGGAAAGCACACACCCGUCGAUGAUUACCGUGGAGGCGACACAGUAUACCUAACAAGGACUCGGAACGGAGACAAGUUUCUGGAUCCAGUCGUCUUUCAACACAUCGACCGCGCCAAGAGGAUUGUUAGAGUGCGCAGGCUAUUACGACUCGAACGAGACUGCAAAGAACUCGCGACCAAAGCUCGGCGCUUGCAUUUCUUGGACAAUGAACUUGUCCUUACGGACGAAUACGAUGACGUGUCCAUGUCCCGCAUCCAGAGGCGUUGUUACGUCAAGUUCCUGAACAAUUCUGACAUCCAGGAUGGACAAAUACCUUUCACGUACAAUCGUGGCGGUGCUGGUGAUCUCUGGUUUUUGUCUAUGGGAUUGACAGGGGUGGAAGGCGAACAGAAACUCGUCUUUCUGCGGAAUCUGCCGAAGACUUUCAAUGAGGGCCAUGACAUGACCUCUGCUGAAUCAUUGAGAGGAAUGAGUAUCUUCAGUGGCGGCGGCUCGCUUGAUCGAGGCCUUGAAGAAGGUGGAGCAGUUGCCUUCCACUCCGCUGUCGACUUCAGUCCCCAUGCCAUCCACACUCAGCGAGCUAACUCGAAGAGCCCGGAGACGAUGCAUCUGUUCUGUGGCUCCGUCGAUGAUCACUUUGACGCAGCUCUCAAGGGUAAUAAACCUGACCUUGUCCCUCGGGUCGGAGAAGUCGACUUCCUUGCUGCUGGAUCGCCAUGUCCUGGGUUCUCAGCUCUUCAGCAUAAUAUUCUCAGUCCGCAGUCCUUGAAGAAUGCGUCACAUAUUAGCACUUUCUGCUCGUAUGUAGAUCUAUACCGCCCUUUGUACGGUAUACUCGAAAACGUCGUCAACAUGGCUUCAACACGGACUGGAUUCGAAGAUCAGAACGUGUUAUCUCAGGUGGUUGCUUCUCUAGUCUCGAUGGGAUACCAAUGUAAUCAGUACAUCAUGGACGCUUGGAGUUACGGCAGCGCGCAACAGCGUUCACGCCUGAUCCUCACCAUAGCUGCACCCGGACUUGAGCCUAUUGCCCAACCUUGGCACACCCACGCGCGGCCUUACGAGGAGACGGCGGGACGAAGCUUAGGUUAUUUACCCAACGGACAGAAAUUUGGUGAACGCGAGCACUACCCAACGCCUUUUCCGUAUGUACCAGCGGUGUCCGUCGAUGCGGGAUUACCCGACAUUGGCAAUGGUAUUGUCCAGACUUGUAUUCCGUUCCCAGACCACCGCUUACCGCAAGUACCAACGCGUUGCGACUAUAAGGAAGCAGAUAGACGGGGUCUGAUUCCGACCUCGCUUCGAGAUCCGAGAACCGACAUUGGAAAGGCGUACCGAAGAAUCAAAGCAGCUGGGUUGGUACCGACUAUCACAACAAAUAUAGUCAUCCGCGAUUCUCGAAAUGGCGCUACGUUGCAUUGGGACCAACAUCGGUCUAUCAGUGUGUUGGAAGCUCGUCGGACGCAAGGAUACAUGGAUGAGGAGCCCAUCGUUGGUUCGCUUCCGGAGCAAUACAAGAUUGUUGGCAAUGGCGUGGACCGUAAGGUUGCUUUUGCCAUGGGUUUAUCUCUACUCCAGGCCGUCCAGAACAAUGAGAUGGGGUUUACUGCGAACGGAACGACGCAGAACUCUACUGAGAUUGUGGACGUUACUAGCGAUGUCGAGACAUCCCACGUUGAGAAGAGUGUUAAGAAGCCCAGACCUCAGUCUAAAGCACAGGAUUUGUCGCCAUUUCAGAAGGAACAUCACCUUAGCAAAAAGUCAGCAGAACCAGAGAUGAAGUUUACCGAACUGACAGAGAUCGAGCUGCCGGCGGCAUAUGACGCUCAUGUCCAUCUUCGCGAUGGCGAGAUGUCGCAGCUCGUUACGCCUACGAUCCGUAAGGGUGGUGUGAAUCAGGUGUAUGUUAUGCCGAACCUGGUCCCGCCUAUCACUUCCGUGAAGCAAUGUCUCGAGUACCGCGAUAGACUUCGUGCUAUUGAGCCGGAUGUGGAUUACGUCAUGUCGUUGUAUCUUCACGAGGAUAUCACGCCGGAGGUUAUUCGUGAGGCGAAGAAAGCGGGAAUUACGGGUGUGAAGUCGUAUCCUGCUGGAGUUACUACGAACUCCUCCUCAGGCGUCCUCUCCUACGAACCCUUCUACCCCGUCUUCGCCGAAAUGGAAAAACAAAACAUGGUCCUCAACCUCCACGGCGAAGUCCCGUCCACGCCCCCAAACACCCACGUAACGAGAACCAAAGACACAAAAACAGGCGCCAUAACCAUCCUCAACGCAGAACCCGCCUUCCUCCCCACCUUCCUGCUCCUACACGCCAAAUUCCCCGCCCUCCGCAUCAUCCUCGAGCACUGCAGCACAUCCGCCGCCCUCUCCGCCGUCCGCUCCUGCGGCCCAUCCGUCAGCGGCACAAUCACCGCGCACCACCUCAGUCUGAUCAUCGAUGAUUGGGCAGGCGACCCGUUUUGUUUCUGCAAGCCUGUUGCGAAGACGCCUGAGGAUAGGGAUGCGUUGCUCCGCGCGGUGGUGCAGGGGAAUGGGAAGUUUUUUCUGGGGACGGACUCGGCGCCGCAUCCGAGGGGGAAGAAGAGGGGGGAGGAUAAGGUUGCUGCGGGGGUUUUUACGCAGCCGUAUGCGGUUGCUUAUGUGCUUGAUGCGCUGGAGGUUGGCAUUGCGAGGGGCGUUAUCAAAGAGGAGGAGGUUACUCAGGAGGUUUUGGAGGGGUUCUUUGGGGGGUGGGGGAGGAAGUUCUAUCAGAUCAAGGAUGAGAGGGAAGAGAGGAUUGUGUUGAGGAAGGGGAAGGAGACGGUUGUGGAUGUAUUGAAGAAGGAGGGUGGGGGCGAGUGUGAGGUCGUGCCGUUCAGGAAGGGCGAGGUCACUUGGGGGGUGGAAUGGAAGUAA